AUGGAGUACUCUGGCCCUGCCUCCAUAUCCGCCGUUGAAGCCGAUCUUGCUCUCAGUGACGAUGAGGACAUCACAGACCAACACUGGCCCCCAAUGGAUUUAAAUACGCAGUGUUUUGGCCCCACCCCCUGGCACCCUCAAGUUGAUGUCCCCCCCUCUGCCACCCAGCCCUCCACCUCCACUAAGCGGCCCAUGGAUCAGACUUCGAACACGAGCGACUCGUCAUCUCCCGCUCCCAAGUCAUCGGGGCACAUCGAGCCUCCUCAUCCCACGGCUCCUAUCUCUUCCCCUUCCAGCCAUGAUCCUCACAAUUCAUCCCGCUCUCACGACUCCCGCACCUGCCCACACAGCACCCCCUCUCAGCCCACCUCCGCUGAUGGUGCUUCUACGUCAAAGCAGCCUUCACUGUCCACUGCAGACACAUCAGUGUGGAAGUGCCCUCGCUGUCACGAACCAGGAGUCAACGUGUGGCAUGGCUGUGCGAGUCGCUCCCCCGCUGCCGUCUCAGUUGUCAACGCGCUGCCUCCCGCUCUUCACACCUCCCGUCAAGCACCACCACCACGGCCGCGGGCCGGCGCCACCUCCCAUUCUUCAGCCACUACCACGCCUGAGUCGCCACAAGUUACCGCUCUUCGUGAAGCUGUCGCAAAGUUGACAGCGCGAUGCACGGCCAUUGAAGCUCGUUUCGAAGCUAUUGAUGCCCGUUUUGCUGCCAUUGAGGCGGGUAUGGCUAGCAUUAGGGCCGAGCAGGUCGCCGCCGGCCGCACACUCGACAUGCCUGUCGAGUCCAACCAAGCCCUCGUCGCGACCGUCACCACUUUCUCAGAGAGGCUGGACAACAUCGCCGCCAGCUUUGAGAAGCUCAGUGCACGGUUCCCUGAGGACCCACCACGACGCCCGCCUCGCGGCAGCUCUUUGACGUCCCCACCGGCCUUCCGUUCACCCAAAGGCAGACUUCAAUAA